AGCUGUUGCGCAUGCGCAAUAAGGUCUGUCUGCCCGACCUUCAGCAGGGACCAGCACCACCAUGUUCUGUCGAGCUACUCUCGCCGGCUCCUCUGCCUUGGUUCUGCAGCCACAAUGACCCGAAGUCGGUUCACCAGGUUGAAGAGCCUUCCCAAAAUGGGUGGGGAAAAGGAUGACCCUGAACCUCAGGCUUUAAGGGCAGUAUGGGUGAGGACGCCCCCUGGGCUGUGCAUGGAGCCCCGAAGGGUCAACCUGAGCGCAAAGGAAGUUCAAAGACCCGGGUUAUCCCACGACUUUGUACUCUGCACAUAGAUCCAAGUCAGAAAUUGGCAACUUUAAAAGACAUUACCAGGAGAUUGAAGUCAAUCAAAAACAUCCAGAAAAUUACCAAGUCCAUGAAAAUGGUGGCAGCUGCAAAGUAUGCCCGAGCUGAGAGAGAGCUGAAACCAGCUAGAGUUUAUGGAGUUGGAUCUUUGGCUCUUUAUGAAAGCUGAUAUUAAGGCUGCAGAAGACAUGAAGAAACACCUUAUUAUUGGUGUAUCCUCAGAUCGAGGCCUUUGUGGUGCUAUCCAUUCCUCUGUUGCUAAACUGAUUAAAAAUGAGGUUGCUACCCUCACAGCAGCUGGGAAGGAAGUUAUGAUUGUUGGAGUUGGUGACAAAAUAGAGGUAUACUUAAUAGGUAAGUGUUUUUUGGGAGACUU